CAAGCCUCCCGAGCACAUGUCGGUACCCGGCUCCCCUCACUGAAUCACCGAGCUCUCUCCCCAGCUGUAUUUCCAAAAUGUGUCGCUUUCUAACAAGCUGACCCUGGAUAAGCUGGACGUGAAAGGGGAGCCAGUCAUUAUGAGAGUCGACUUCAAUGUUCCUAUGAAGAACAACCAGAUAACAAACAACCAGAGGAUUAAGGCUGCUGUCCCAAGCAUCAAAUUCUGCUUGGACAAUGGAUCCAAGUCAGUAGUUCUUAGGAGACACCUAGGCCGGCCUGAUGGUGUCUCUAUGCCUGACAAGUACUCCUUAGAGCCAGUUGCUGUAGAACUCAAAUCUCUGCUGGGCAAAGAUGUCCUGUUCUUGAAGGACUGUGUAGGCCCAGAAGUGGAGAAAACCUGUACCAACCCAGCUGCUGGGUCUGUCAUCCUGCAGGAGAACCUCCGCUUUCAGGUGGAGGGAGGGAAGGGAAAAGAUGCUUCUGGAAACAAGGCUAAAGCCGAGCCAGCCAAAUUAGAAGCUUUCCAAGCUUCACUUCCCAAGUUAGGGGAUGUCUAUGUCAGUGAUGCUUUUGGCACUGCUCACAGAGCCCACAGCUCCAUGGCAGAAGUCAAUCUGCCACAGAAGGCUGGUGGUAUUUUUGUUUUUGUUUUUGUUUUUUUGAUGAAGAAGGAGCUGAACUACUUUGCCAAGGACUUGGAGAGCCCAGAGCGACACUUCCCGGCCAUCCUGGGCAGAGCUAAAGUUGCAGACAAGAUCCAGCUGAUCAAGAAUAUGCUGGACAAAGUCAAUGAGAUGAUUACUGGUGGUGGAAUGGCUUUUACCUUCCUUAAGGUGCUCAACAACAUGGAGAUUGGCACUUCUCUGUUUGAUGAAGAGAGAGCCAAGAUUGUCAAAGACCUAAUAUCUAAAGCUGAGAAGAAUGGUGUGAAGAUUAUCUUGCCUGUUGACUUUGUCGCUGCUGGCAAGUUUGAUGAGAAUGCCAAGACUGGCCAAGCCACUGUGGCUUCUGGCAUAUCUGCUGGCAGGAUGGGCUUGGACUGUGGUCCUGAAAGCAGCAAGAAGUAUGCUGAGGCUGUCACUCGGGCUAAGCAGAUUGUGUGGAAUGGUCCUGUGGGGUUUUUUGGGGUUUGGGGGCUGAAUCUUGACAUGGAAGCUUUUAGCUAA